GAGAAGAAGAAGAAGAAGAAGAAGCGGAGUCAACACGGGAAUAACUGCCUGACGCAGUUAGUGAGCUGGUGGCGGCGUGAAUGUGGAUCCUGCACGAAAGUAAUGGUUAACCGUGGACGCUUUAAUGGACUUUGGAUGCUGCCGUCCACGCCGGUGUACAAGGUCUGUGAUUUAAACAGCCGGCAGUGAAGCGAAGCUGCUGCAUGCAUGCUGGUUAAAUUAGUCUUUUAGGAGGAAAAAGCCACGGACACCCAGCUCCUCUUCUCCUUAAGCUCUCGAGGAUCAUGCACGCUAUUGUUUAGCGUUGUGUAUAUUAUAACAAACCUUUAUUUCCUUUAAUUCUUUAUUUAAAUCAUGGCGAACGACUUUGUGAGGAAGUUUAUCCAGAUGUGUAAUUGUCUGCAAGACCCCCGUCAUGUCGCGAGGUUUCAGUAUGUGUGCGGCGUUAAAGGGACGUUCCCGGUGAAGCAGACCGAGCUGGACGGGGGAGACCCGGACCCGGACUGUCCCGGGCUGAGGAGGAGGGGCCUGCAGGAUGCACCGGGCUCGGAGGUCGGUGUGGGGAACGGGGAUGCGCAGGUUAACGGGCUGCAGGGUGACGGUACCGGGAGGCCUGAUGAGGACCCGGACUCCACCAGAGCCAAGCCCCUCCGGAGGAACUCCCUCACCGGAGACCAGGGCCAAGAGUUCCUGAUCCAGAACAAGCUCCUGUUCUACCUGUUCACCUUCGGGACGGAGCUGGGCAACGAGAUGUUCUUCAUCGUCUUCUUCCCCUUCCUCUUCUGGAACAUCGACGCCCUGGUCAGCAGGAGGCUCAUCGUGGUCUGGGCCUGGAACCUGUUCGUGGGACAGUCCACCAAGGACAUGGUCCGCUGGUCCAGGCCGGCCUCCCCUCCUGUGGUCAAGGUGGAGGUCUUCUACAACUCCGAGUACAGCAUGCCGUCCACCCACGCUAUGACGGGGACGGCCAUCCCCUUCUGCCUCUUCAUGCUGACCUAUGGACGGUGGCAGUAUCCCUUCCUCUUUGGCUUUGGUGUGGCUCUCAGCUGGAGUAUCCUGGUGUGUGUAAGCAGAGUCUACAUGGGGAUGCAUUCUAUUCUGGAGGUUAUCACUGGCUUCCUCUACAGCCUUCUUAUUCUAGCCUUUUUCCAGCCAAUUUUGGGCAAGAUCGACAGCUUCUACAUGACGGACCACUUUGCUCCUCUUGUGAUUAUCGUGUCCCAUGUGAGCCUAGGACUUGUGGCUUUCUCUCUGGAUUCCUGGAGCACCUCUCGGGGUGAUACGGCUCAGGCUCUGGGCACCGGGGCGGGAGCUGCCAUCGCUACCCAUGUGAACUAUCAGCUGGGGCUGCUGCUGGAUCCACCGCUGUCCUCACUUCCUCUAACUCUACCGCCAAUCAGCACUAGUUUGGUGGUCCUCGCUCUGCUGCGCUUCUUCAUCGGAGUCGCUGUCAUCCUCGUCACGAGAAUGGUUAUGAAAGCCGUGACUAUUCCGUUCUUAUGUCGACUGUUUGGGCUGCCUUCGGAUGAUGUAAGGCAAGCGAGGCAGCACAUGAAAGUGGAGCUGCCGUACCGUUACAUUGUCUACAGUGUUGUUGGUUUUAGUUGUGUCAGUGUGGUGCCUCUCAUCUUUAGGAUCUUAAACCUUGCCUGAGUGUUGUGUGCAAACUGUCAUUUACUGCUGACACGUUCACCUCGUGGUGAAGGCAAAGAGCACUUGUGAACAUGCUGCUUGUUUCGACACAAGAUAAGGCUCUGUUUCUGCACGACAGAAACUGAUUUUCAAGUAUAAAUUUGGUGAUAUUCUUUUCUUUUUUUUCUUUUUUUAUUAUUAUUAUUGUCAAUAUUCCUCUGUGCCAUUGAGCUCCAUUGUUGUCCAAAAAAUAUUACAUGUUCCAUCAUUAUGAUGAGCAUAGGCACUGUAGUUUAUACUGAGUUAAUCCCACACACACCAUUCUAACAGUGUGAAUGCACCAAAUGUGUAUCAAUCCCCUGCUGAAAAUAGUCCACAACAAAUAGUUUUUGUUUGAGUAUCAAUACCCCAGCUAUUUUAAGGAAUAGUUAAGGCUUUUUUCUAAUCAACGUAUAUAUUUGUGACCCAUUUUAAAAUAUUUUCAUUUUCAUUAGGGACCAGUGUGCUUCGGGGCCCAGAGCCACAAACUAGAGGAAGUAGGAAAGUAUUGUUGGUUUUAGCCUUUUUCAUAGGAUUUGUUGAGAAUGACAAUAUAGAACAUCACCAGCCUUAUCCUUUAAGAUCCACCUGCAGUAGACACAUUUUAAGUGUUAACUGGAACUUUGCCAAUAAAAAGUAUCAAAUGUACUGUCAUGAUGCUUGCAUUCAAUUAUGAGGAAUAUAUUGUUAAUUUACAUUUUGAUCGAAAUAUAGAAGAACAUGUUAUUGGAGAAUUCCAUGCUCUCAAAAUAAACCAAAACAUUAAUCAGUAAUGUGUGAUGUAAUUUCACUUCAUAGUUAUUGUCCCGCUUAAAUAAAAUAAGGAUGGAGCAAGUUCACAGGUGAAGGGGUAGUUACACAAUCUCUAUUUAAUUUUGAAAGACUGGAGAAGCAGGUCUGUUGUAUCAUAAAGAUUGUAUCUGCAUUAUCAUAGUCAGCAUUAUCUAUAUCAUUACCUCCUUUUUGUACAUGUUUUGUGCUUGUUUCAUAAAAACAUUUGUAAUUUUGUGUCAAGUGUAAGUUAAGUGCUCUGAAUAAUCAUUUUAAAGCUUAAAAAUUAAUAUAACCUAUUUUUGAUAAAGUAUUUUGCCAUGUUACCUAACUUGAGCUGAAUUGUUGCUAUAUAAAAAAUCUAAAUCUACAUUAUUCAUACUUGAUUUCAAGAAUCAUAUUUAGGCGGCUUUUCAGCUGGCCUUCCUUAAACGGUAUAAUUAAAACACUUGUACUUAAACAGUAUAUAAAAAACAUUGAUCCUAGCACUUGUCAGAAUGUUUUAAUUGCUUGUUAUUUGCUGUUGUAAUGUUCCAAUAAUGAUUUGCUUUAAUAUUUAUGUCAGAAUUGUAUUGCCUGAGCAUUUAUACUAAGUACUCAUCAAUAUGUACAGGUCUAUUAUUACCAUCCAUUUCCCGCAUUUCUUUUCUGUUAUAAAAGGAUUGUAUCCUUUUGAAAAAAAAAAAUGGAAACAAGGAGAAUAAAAUCUUCCAA